AUGGGCUACUCCACGCAGCUUCAGGCCAAAUUCGGCACCAAGGUGCCCGAACCGCUACCUGAGUUCUACUCCGAUCAUCCCGUACAUCCAGCGAUUGUCCACUUUCCCAUCGUGUUCAACUUUCUCGCCUGGUCUCUUGACCUGAUUUACUUCUUCACCACCACAUAUGUGAAGCCUGGCUUCCUAACAAGCCGCUUCGGCGCGCCUACCACCCUCCUGGACAUCACUCGUUUGUCCUAUUUUGCCCUCUGUGCCGCUCUGAUCUCCACGGUCCCCGCCAUUAUGUCCGGCAACAUCCAGCUGGUUGGCAUGAUCAAGAAGAACGGUGGUCCCUGGGAGAAGGAUGAGGCGGGCAAGCAGAAGAGCACCAUGGUCCCGCGCAUCAAGGUCGCCAUUACCCACGCCCUAGUCAACGACGUCAUCUUCUUCAUCAACCUUUAUAGCUGGUAUGUGCGUCGCGGCACUGAAGCCGACGGCUGGAACCCGGGCAAGACCCCUCAAUUCCUUAACUUCGUCGUUGCCUGCGCCCUCACCCCUGCCUUGAUCGCCACAAGCAAGGCUGGCUCAACUCUGGUCUUCAAUCACGGCGUGGGUCUGCACCUGGGCCGCAAGAAGUUCGAGUAA